AUGGAUAGCCCUCCAGAAAUAAAAGAUCCAAGUGACUCAAAAGACAUAAGCCCUGGACUUGUUUCCCUCGAUCCAAGCCUCUCAAACAAGGAUUUGGGUGGGAGUUUGAUGCCAGAGGAACUGAACCUAAUUGACUUUUUUUCUGCUGAUAAUUUACCAAACGACACUUCUCACGAAGGUAAAGAAGCAGCAGCUAAGCCUCGAGUUUUCUCCUGCAAUUUUUGCCCAAGGGAGUUCUCGAGUUCACAGGCACUUGGAGGCCACCAAAAUGCUCAUAAUCGAAAGAGGAAAAUGGCUCAAACAGGCCAUAAAUUGGUUACCAAUUCAACUGAUUGCAAACAGUCGAGCGUGUCGUCCCUGCCUUUUCAAGGCUUCAAUAGAUCACUUGGAAUCCAAAUGCAUUCAAUGAUUCAUAAGCCUUUUUCCCAUGCACCUGUUUUUGGUUCCUUCCGUUCUUUUGAGUCUAAGGUCUGGGACAGACAGCCUCUUUACACGCAAGUGGCAAGUGGCAUAUGGCCCUUGUCCGAGAAUUAUCAGUCGGGGGCCUCACCGGUACUGCCAUCAAGCAGCGGAGCAGCAGGUUUUGAUGGUGGUUGGAGGCUGUCGUCAAACAGUGACACAUUGUUGGAUUCAAAGCGUCCUCAUAAUGAACUGCACAAGCUAGACUGUUUAGACUUGUCUUUGAGGCUGUAA